AUGACUUGCACCAUCAACAACGUCGUCGUGUUCCUCGCCGCGCUGGCUGUCUCGAUGCUGGUCAAUCUGCACCUCGCCGCCGCCAUGCCGCCGCCAACAGCAGACCUGUCUGUCGCGAGCGGUGUUCGAUUUCUGGCGCCUCGCAACCUCACCCAGCAAGCUUCCUGCGGCCCAACCCAACCCGAAAACCAGGCGGGAUGCUCCACCUGCACCGAGUGCUGCAUCUUCGAAUUCAACGACGCCGGCUGCGGCCAGCACUCGGUCGAAGAGUACGUCAUCAACGACUUCGCGUGCCACUCUCUCCUGAUCGACAUGAACAACGUCUGGAUCACCGAGUGCACAGGCGUCUUUGCCGAGUGCAUGCUGUGGAAGAACCACGACUGCACCGGUGACGGGAGCUGGAGCAUCGACAACUCCCAGGACGUCUGCCACCACACGCAGUAUUGGAUCGGGGCAAUUCAGUGCUAUGAGAGUGACGAGAAGAAGCAGCUGGCCAUGCGCGGGUUUUGA